GCCGGGGGGUGGAUGAGCAUCUCCAGGCUGCUCCCUCUCCCCGCGUGGUGCGGGGGUGGGAGACGGAAACGGCAGCGCAGAGUCGGAAGGAGGGAAUGAGGAGGUGGACGUUGGAACACUAUGAUGGAUAACCGCUUUGCUACAGCUCUAGUAAUUGCCUGCGUGCUCUGCCUCAUUUCCACCAUUUAUAUGGCAGCCUCAAUCGGUACAGAUUUCUGGUAUGAGUAUCAUAGCCCAGCUGGAAAUGCCAGCGAACUUGGCAGAAGUAUUUUGGAGGAAUUCAUCAGUAUGGACGCAGAUGAGAAGACUUAUACAGAUGCACUGUUCCGGUGCAAUGGCACAGUUGGAUUGUGGCGGAGAUGUAUCACUGUUCCCAAAAACUCUCACUGGUAUAGCCCACCAGAAACUGAUAUGGUCAGAAACUGCGUCAGUUUUUCCCUCUCUGAUCAAUUUGCGGAGAAGUACAUGGAGCCUGGGAACCACAAUAGUGGUAGUGACCUGAACCGGACCUAUCUUUGGCGUUUGCAGUUCCUCCUGCCCUUUGUCAGCCUAGGGCUGAUGUGCUUUGGGGCUUUGAUUGGCCUUUGUGCUUGUGCCUGUCGAAGCCUUUACCCUGCCAUUGCCAUAGGAGUCCUACAUUUCCUUGCAGGUCUGUGUACGCUGGGCUCAGUCGGCUGCUACGUAGCUGGAAUUGAGCUGCUCCACAAGAAGCUGCACCCACCUGAUGAGGUGCAGGGUGAAUUUGGCUGGUCCUUCUGCCUGGCUUGUGUAUCUGCUCCUUUACAGUUUAUGGCAGCUGCCCUCUUCAUCUGGGCGGCCCGCACCAACAGGAAGGAAUUCACGCUCUUGAAAGCGUACCGUGUAGCAUAAAUAGGACACUUCAUUCAUGGCCAGUUGCUGCUUCACAGUAUUUUGUUUCAAUGUUAUAGGCCUUUUCCCAUUCAUAUCCCAUCCUUCUUUUGGUCAGGUAUUUGCUCCAUGCACUGCGUGCUUCUUGCCAGUUGAGUUUCAGUGGUCUGUAGGUUUUGAAGACAAAGACCUCUGGGCCAAAUUACCAAACUUGAACAGCUUUCUCUUGCCAGAAGUCUGCAGAAUUUUAACAGACUUUUAUAAUAUAAUUAAAAAAAAAAUAAAAAAAACCCCUUUUUGUUUUGUUUGUGGAAAUAGUCUUAAGAGCUCAUCCCCCUUUUUUAAUUAUACUACCCUAACUGGACACUCGAUCUAAAUCUGAUCUGAAAAAACUGGAGAGGCAUUGUGGGGCACAGGAUGAAUAGGGGAAGAAAAGAGGGAGAUGCAGGAGAAGAAUGAGAGAACUGCAGAGUGUGAAUAAUGGAGAAUUGGGCACUAUGUGUUAUGAGAUCCCAGCAGGUGAUGCACCCUAAGAGCACCAAGCAGAGAUGGAUGUGCAGAAUUGUGUGUAGAAAUGUUAUAGCUACAUCUGUGUUGUUACCUAGUUUUUCUUUCUCUUACUCUCAUUAGUUUCUCCUCUCAGCCUCUUCUGACCAGGUUGAUGUAAUUGGAGCAGUCAGCUGUAGCUUUUGUGCCUGCUGUAAAAUAGGACCCCUCCUUUAUUGUGUUGAAGAGACAGGCCUCAUGCAAGGUUUGGAUUUAAUUUGGUGUGUGUACAUACAUACAUAAAUCUAACUUUUUUUAAAGCUUAUUUAUUUACCAAUGUAGCACACAACAAGUUUUUUAAAAAUGUGCUGCUUGUUUCCCACCUUGCCCCACACCUGUUUAAAACACAAAUAAACCAGAGUAAAAGCUCAACAAUUUUAUCAGAGUUGUUGUGAAUUUGAUUGAAAAAGGAAAUGGCCUGGGACAGAUUAAUACAAUCUUGUCUGGUCACUGUUGUUCAUAGUACUCAAGUAUGGGAGAGAGAUGACCAGUUUCUAUACAAAGUUUUUUUUCUCUUUGCCUUAGGGACUCUUUAACGGAGGAAGAGAGUCUAACUAGUUCCCAGUUAGCUCAUCCCAUAUAGAAAUCUGCCCUUCAAUUGCUCAGAGUCCAUUCAGCCUUUGUUGUACGUCUUGGAGGAAAACAAGCCCAACAUUCAGAGAGUAAAUAAUUCUGUUCCCAGUUGGUUAACAAGCUUUAACCCCCCCCCCCCCCCCUUCCUUGCUUGCUGCUGGUUUGAUAAAAGAAACAUCUAAUUGAAAGUGAAUUGAGUUGUAACAACUUUCUGAACAAGAGUACCCAUCAGGAUUGCAUUUGCUGACUCAGUGAAUCACACAGAACCGGAUUCUUCUGUCUCUCUCACCUGUGUAAGUACAGUAAUUCCAUUUCAAUAGAGUUGCUUUGGAUUUACACUGGUGUAUCUGAUAACAGCAGAAUUUAGCUCCUGGCCCUUUGUUGGGCAGACAGAAUCUUUCUAUUACUCUGAUCGCAACUGUCAGAGUAUGAAGAGAUUAAGUUAUUUUGUGUUCAUUAGAAGAAAGCACUUCAGCAGAAGCAAGUGUAGUAUUUAAACAUGUGUACACUGAUACAUCCUGCUGCUUCAAACUGGCAUGUGCUGAGUAGCAGUGUAUGUCAGCUAAACAUUACAGUGCCUCUCCACCCUUUUGGAAUUAAUCAUUUGAAAGAUUUUUGCACAGUUGUCUCUAUUCAAAGCAAAUUAUUGUGUAAAGGGAUAAAUUUAAAAAAAUAAAAAUGACAGUUGGAAGGACA